AUGUCGGCCGAUAGUCGCCACAAGAGCAAGAAGGCUCGCGCCUUGCCAGCGAAAGAGGACGACGAGAAAGCACAGCCCCAGCCAAAGUCCAGCGGCCUCGUCAAAGCAGAGAAAUUGGCCGGAGAGAUCGACAAAGCGCUAACGGGCACGCUCCACGGCGAGUUCUUCGAGGGAACCAAGAGCUCCAACGCGACGCGCCACAAGCAGCUGCCGGAGAUCUUCGCCCUUCGCGCUGAGAUCCAGGAAUUGAAGACGAGCCUGGAAAACAAAGACCGGCAUGGCAACGACAACACCAGAGAGGAGCAGUCGGAGGCCAGAGUCCCCACCACCAAGCUCAAUGCCAACUGGACGGCGGCCAUCACCAAUUUGAUCUCCGAGCAGCUCACGGGUCAGCUGCGCGACCUCAAGAUUCGCGAGGAGCGCCGUGAAGCGCGCCUCCAGAAAGGCGAAACGGAGAAUAAGACCCUCACGGAUAAGAUCCACGCCCUGGAGACGAAGGCCCGCAAGUCCACCGCCAGCCAGAAGCCGCAAGGCUUUACUGCCGCGCAGUACCAAGCCCUCACAAAGAAGGUCACGACGCUCGAGACCCAGCUCCAAGCAUUCCAGACGAACAUCACCGAGCUCCAAGGCCGGCUCCGCACCAGCCAGAGAGAGAACCAGGAACUCCGCGGGCAGGUGCUUCAGGAAGAAGUCAACCGGAUCAGAGCCGACAAGACCGCCAACGUUAGACUCAGUAAUGCGGAGGAGAAGCUCGGCCAGCACGCUGGCAAGUUCGAAGGCUUGUUGGCGAUGGACCAUGAGCUGUCUCUGGGCAUUCGCACUCAAUCGAAGAGCAUCGAUGAGCUUCAGACGCGGCUUGAUGAAUUGGAGGCCGAAUUUUACACGGAGUCCGACGACGAAGAGAGCCAGCGAGGUGAUGAGGAGGAGGAUGACUACUCCGAUUCCUCCAUGAGCCAGGGUGCGCCUUAUGUCAGCGACUGGUGA